AUGGCACGUCUGAAGACAGUGCAAUCUAAAGUGACAAAGUCACCACGCCGUCCAUUCGAGAAGGAACGUCUCGAUCAGGUAUGUCAAUUUAACUUUGUUUUUCUAAAAAUUCGAGAUUUCUGCGUAUUUUCGAAAAGUUUCGAGUUGCCAAAAUCCUGAAUACGAAUUAUUUACCUAUUUUUUGUCAACAAUAAAAGUUUCAUUUUUCAGGAAUUGAAACUCAUCGGAGAGUUCGGUUUGAAGAACAAGCGUGAAGUAUGGCGCGUCAAGUACACCUUGGCCAAGGUCCGUAAGGCUGCUCGUGAGCUCCUUACCCUUGAAGACAAGGACCCAAAGCGUCUUUUCGAAGGAAACGCUCUUCUCCGUCGUUUGGUCAAGAUCGGAGUACUCGAUGAGUCGAAGAUGAAGCUCGAUUACGUCCUCGGUCUUAAGGUCGAAGAUUUCUUGGAGCGCAGACUCCAAACCCAAGUCUUCAAACUCGGACUCGCCAAAUCAAUCCACCACGCUCGUAUUUUGAUCAAGCAACACCACAUCCGGUAAAUUUUUAUUAUUGAAAAAAGUAGGGAGAUAAACUUCAAGUGACUGGUUUAGAUAAAAAAAAUUAGGCUUUUUGGAAUUUUAUGAUGAUUUUCAAAUUAAAGUAGCCCAAAUUUCAUCUCUAUGGUUUGAAUUACAAUGUUCAUUUUAUUUUUCUAUAUUCUCAAUUGGCUAAUUGAAAGAAAGAAUUUUUUGAAAGUGCUCAAUUUUCCAAUUUCAAUAUUUUUGUUUUCAGUGUUCGUAGACAAGUCGUCGAUGUCCCAUCUUUCAUCGUUCGUUUGGACUCGCAAAAGCACAUCGACUUCUCCCUCCAAUCACCAUACGGAGGAGGUCGUCCAGGACGUGUGAAGCGACGCACUUUGAGAAAGGGAGACUCUGCUGGAGACGACGACGAAGAGUAA